UCCCUAUAUUUCCCAAUUUCAGAAGGAGCAUCCUCUCAAGCAGAAGGUGUUCUGAAAGUGUUGACAACUCAGGAUGAUAUGUGUAUUGGGACUACAGGAGGCAGCUACAAGUCCUUGAAGCGUGGAUCUGUGAAAGCACAAGCUCUGAAAUUGAGUGAGAGACUUGCUCAAAAAAUAGCCGCGGACAAUUUAGCCAAAGAAAGUGAAGAAAAGAGUGAAAUGGAGAAGCAAAGUUGUUCGAAACCCGUCGUAGUCGAUGUCAAGUUGAGAAGGAAUCUCACCGAAAUCAGAAGGGAUAUAAGGAAUUUUGAGACAACAACAGAUUUCUCAACUUCACAAGACUGGCCACCACAACAGCAUCAGCAACAUCAGCAUGACUAUCCGCCAAAUUGUUCCAUCCCAAUGCAACGACAUCCGAUCUCUCGAUCUGCCUCGUUCGUAGCUCCAACCCCAAUGAUUGUCUACGGAAUGCCUCCACCACAACACGGAGACAGAAUGUCAAUGAUUGAUGGCCGAUGUGAUAGUCGAAUCGGAGAGUACGCAAUGCCUCUCUAUUACAUGCCUGCUCCUCCACCACCUCAACCAAUGUUCCUCCCAUAUCCAGCUGCUUCUAAAAUAGGAAUGAACCAUUUUGAGCAACCUAGUAUGGUCAUGAUGCCAGGUCAUCUACAGUAUCCUGAAAUGCAAAUGAGGAGAAAGAUGAAAUCAGGUGAUCCACGAAGGCGGAAGACUUGGUGUUCUAGAAUUUGUUGUGCCGGAUUUGCACAGUUACUUUGGACAAUUGUAUGUAUUAUCUCCUUUGGAAUAAUUGCAACUUUAAUUUUAGCAUUAUGUUACAUGUGA